CGCGAUCGCGGCGCCGCUGCCACGUCAGGGGAGUUUCCUGAGGCGAGGCGGGUUGGCCAGGAUUCGGCCUUCCUCCUCCUCCGCCCCCUGCCCCGGAGCCGCCACCACAGAGGCGGCGGCAGCGCGAUCGGCGGCGGCGGCUGCCAUGGAGGCCCGCUACAACCUCAAGAGCCCGGCUGUCAAACGUUUGAUGAAAGAGGCUGCAGAACUAAAGGAUCCUACAGAUCAUUACCAUGCACAGCCUUUGGAGGAUAAUCUCUUUGAAUGGCACUUCACUGUUAGAGGCCCUCCAGAUUCCGAUUUUGAUGGAGGCAUUUACCACGGCCGAAUUGUGCUACCGCCUGAGUACCCCAUGAAACCCCCCAGCAUCAUUUUGCUGACAGCCAAUGGCAGGUUUGAAGUGGGGAAGAAAAUUUGUUUAAGCAUCUCAGGGCAUCAUCCUGAAACGUGGCAGCCUUCAUGGAGUAUCAGAACAGCUUUACUAGCCAUUAUUGGAUUUAUGCCAACCAAAGGGGAAGGAGCAAUAGGAUCUCUGGAUUAUACACCUGAAGAAAGAAGAGCUCUUGCAAAGAAGUCACAAGACUUCUGUUGUGAAGUGUGUGGCACAUCUAUGAAGACAGCCCUCUUACCGCUGGCAUCCGGAGCUGUGUCAAGCCAAGCAGACAAGGAAGCUAAGGAACUGGCCAGACAAAUUAGCUUCAAGGCAGAAGUCAAUUCAUCCAGGAAGUCUGGCAGUGGACCUUCAAAGGUGUCAGGACUGACUCACUCUGGCACUUCCCUUGAGCCCCAGCAGGAUGGUGCAGCGAGAGCACCACAGGAUACAACGAGUAAAACGUCUGAAACUCAGAGCAGCAGUGCAGCAGCUGGCCAAGAGCGUGCCACGCCCGUGCCCACCAACAGAUCCUUGAGCCCUCGGCAGCGCCGUGCCCAGCAGCAGAGCCAGCGACGAGCUCCCACUUCGGCUGACUUCCAUCGGGUGCAGCAGCCCAGAGUCAACAUGAACCACACUGGGUCGACUGUUCUGAUUGUCCUGUUGACUUUUGCCUUGGCAGCUCUUAUAUUUCGUAGGAUAUACUUGGCCAAUGAGUAUAUUUUUGAGCUGUAAGGUCGUCAGUCCUGACCUCAGCCGCUGGAGCGCUGCGCCGAGCGUUCUGUGCUGGGUAGGCCACGAGAACUGUUUACAAAGAUUACUUUUUGUAUUUAUGCUUACAUCCUUAGGAAUGUUCAUGUCCCUACCCGCAGGACACUUGUGAGAAAAGCAAAAGCUGGAUGUGUAACUGUGACAGGUGCCCACUGAGUGCCCACUGGGUACUUGGAGAAGUGGCGCAGUGGAGGAGCGGCAUUAAGGCGGGUGGGAGGGCAGGCAGUUGGAGUAAUCGAUGAGCUAAAAGAAGGCAGGUUUUAGUGAAGUGUCUGACUCACUUUUUUAAUGGAACAUAAAAGCAGUUAAUCACCCCAUCUAAGUUAGACACUGGAGAGGGAAUUACAGACCGAAACACUACUCUGUGUUGGCGUCCAGUGAACUCUAACUUGGAGGGGAUGCAGUUUUGUAACCACUUUUUAUUUACCCUGAUGCAUUUUUAAAGGGGGAACCCACACAAAUGGCUUGUGACACUGCUUUGGGUAUGUGCUAGGGGAGCAGGAGGAGGGGAGGGAAGAAGGGGCCAGAAAACUACUUGCAUUGUUUUGGGGUUUAUUUUUUUUUUAAUUGGAAGAAAGAUUGGAUAAUCUUAUUCAAGAUUUGAAUGUCUUCUUCUAAUCCUCUCAAUUGUACAUCUUGUUGGUUUGUUUUAAUUUGAAGGUUAUAUAAACCAUCUCUAUUCUUGCAAUAGUUAUAAAUAUGUAAUAUAAUUAUUUACCCAGAGCCUAUUGUCUUUUGAUUAUACCAGAAAUAUAUGGAAUGUGUUAAACUGAA